UACCACUUGGGCCACACCUCCAUUUCUGGCUUUUUUUUUUUUUUAAUGGUUAAUUGGACUUUCCUGCCCCUGCCGACUUCACACCGUGAUCCUCAAAUCUCAGCCUCUAGCCUAGGAUUGCAGACACUUAGCAAGCUGCAUCGUUUUUAAACAACCAUUUCAAUUUUCCCCGUUAGGGAAUACGGGGCUGCCUUGGGCGGAAGUCAAAUGAGCUGGACGGUACCAUGAACGAGCUGCAAGAAGUCUCCAGGGCUCAGAAAUGCAACUGUAGGACCACAUAAAGGAACGUCUAUCUCUAAAUGCCAUUGGUGCUCCUCCUCCUUCCGCUGACUUGGAAAAUGGCAUUAAGAGCUAAGAAGGGAUUCAGAGGCUCCAUUGAUGAUGUUCUCAGCGACCUCCUGGGGGAUGACACACUACUCCCUGAAAAGCCUGUUGGACCAGCCUCAGGUGCUAAAGAUGUGGCAGGUGUACCUCAGGGGCUCCCUUCAAAGGCUAGGGCCAGGUCCCACCGGGGAGACAAUGUCUUUGGCACCCAGGCAGACUUGGCAGGAGCUGAUGCUGGGGUUUCAGAUGUCUCCGAUGCAGACCCAGAUGCCUUGCUGAAGACCUUAAAGGAUCUCGAUGACAUGGAUGCUGACAUCUUGGGUCUGAAGAAGUCUCACCCAGGCAUUGGCAAAAAUGCUGCCAAGGGUUCUGGGAAAGAAGUGCCCAGCAAUGCCAAACCUGCUGAAAAGUUUGUAGCCAAUGAGAAAGGGGCCACCAUUCCCACCAAGAAGCCAUCUCCUUCUCCCAGCAGCUCUGGGCAUCAGUACAGGAAGUUUUCCUUUGAAGACUUGGAGGACCCACUGGCAGGACUUCUCUCUGACGAUGAGGAAGAAAUGGCCAUGAAGCCCCCUGUGACAGAGAGUAAAUCAGCAUUGGACCAGAGCCCCGGCUCAGGUGGAGGUAAAGGUCCCUCUAUUCCUCUGACUCCUGGGGACACUCCCAUUCGAAAGAAAGAAGAUUCGCUGUUUGACGAUGGGGAUGAUGACAUCAUGGCAGCCCUGGGCUUUGGUGACAGCCCCAAGACAGAGAAGAGGCAGAUGGGAAACCAGGAAGAGCCCCGUCCUGCUCGCUCCAAGCUGGAUGAACUGCUGGGCCGAGGCACGACCACCAAACUCCUGGCUCGCCCGGGUACUGGGGAGCACGGGGACUUCAAGCUAAACAAGAAGUUCCAGAAGCCUCAGGAGAAAGAAGAUAGCUGGGAUGAUGAGAUCCUCACCUUCGGGGCUUACAAGCCCUCCGUGGGCUCUUCUGAGGGCCGGCAGUCGCGACGGCAGUCUGUCAGCAGGUUCUUAGCAGAAGGUGGCCCAGACCCCAAGGGAGAACUGGGUUCCAAACAGAGCCCUCAAGCAACUUCUAGCCCCAUCAACUCCAGAAAGGGGGGAGCAGACUGGUUGGGCCUCAAGGAUGAUGACUUGGACCUGCUGCCUCCAUCGCCCAUCCCAGAGGUCCAACAGGAAGGCUCGGCGACCUCUCCACCCUCCCUACCUGCUCCAGCCAGCCAGCACUCAGCCCCAGGCCAGCACUCCACCCCCACUGGACUUCCAUCAACAGCAAAGCCGCCAGCCAAGAACGCAGGGCCCCCUGCCAAAGCCAGCCAGGCCUCUACACACGGAGCAUCCGAGGAAAAGGAGGAAGAGGAUGACUGGCUGAGCCACGUCCUGUCUCAGAAGAAGUCCCAAGGUUUGGCCAGAGAGGAACCUGCUGGGGCCCUGACCUCCCUGGGAACAGCCGGCCAGCCUCGUUCCAGCAGCCAACCCGGAGCCAGCACUCGGGGCACUGAGCAGGCAGUUGCUGCAGGAGCCUCAACAGCAGCCGGGGAAGAAGUGCCAGCGGUCCUGCCUACUGUCUCAGGGUCCCCCAUGAGUUGGAGCCAGACUACAUUGGCCCUCCCAGCAAUGGACCCAAAGAAGGGAGCCACCCCUGGGGUUGCAGCCAACACUGAGCCUGCGAUUUAUGUCUCAAACUCUCAGGAACCUACAGGACUGUCUGUGCCUGUCCAGUCUCCCCUCCCAGGGUCCCUCGUGCAGAGCCUGCCACCAGGUGCAAGAUACCAGAAGCAGCUCCUGGCAGCCUCCGCUCAGCUUCAGAGUGGCACUGCCCAGCUCCAAGCAGAACUUCUGGAGAGCCAGGCCCGGGUGGAUGAGCUGGAAGCCCAGGUGCGGAAGCUGGAGCUAGAGCAGACCCAUCACAGACUGCUGCUGGAGAGUCUGCAGCAGCAACACCAAGCAGACCUGGAGCUCAUCGAGAACGCACACAGAAGCCGCAUCAAGAUGCUAGAAAGCUCAUACCAGCAGCGGGAGGAGCGGCUCCGGAGGGAGAACGAGGAGUUAUCCGCCCAGUAUCUGGAGCACUGUAAAGAGGCGGAGCAGGCCCGAGCUGAGCUCAUGGCCCAGCACCAGCGGCGCCUGGUAGCAGCCGCACAGGAAAAGGACCAGGAGAUAGAGCGGCUCCGGGACUUGCAGCGGGUGUCCAUCCAGGAGAUGCACAGGGACCACGGGGAGCAGCUGCAGCGGCUGAAGCAGCUGAAGGACCAGGAGAUCGACGCGGUCACCAGUGCCACCUCCCACACGAGGUCGCUGAAUGGCAUCAUCCAGCAGAUGGAGAAGUUCUCCAGCAGCUUGAACGAGCUGUCCUCCCGGGUGGAGGCCUCCCACGCCACCACGUCGCAGGAGCGGGCGCUGGGCAUCCGGCAGCAGGAUGAGCAGCUGCGAGCACUGCAGGAGCGGCUGGGCCAGCAGCAGAGGGCCAUGGAGGAGGAACGAGGCCGGCUCCAGGAGGUCAUUGUGAAGAUGGAGGCACGCCUGAACGAGCAGAGCCGGCUCCUGGAGCAGGAACGCUGGAGAGCAACCGCUGAGCAGUCCAAGGCAGAGUCCACACAGCGUGCCCUGGAGGAGCAGAGGAAGGUCAUGUUCCAGCAGAUUACCAUGGAGAGGGAGGAGCUGGAGCGGGCCAAGAGCGCCCUGCUGGAGGAACAGAAGUCCGUCAUGCAGAAGUGCGGGGAGGAGCGGCGGCGCCUGGCAUCCGAGUGGGCCGAGUUCUUCUUGCAGCAGAAGCUCAGCAAGGAGCGGGCGGAGCGCGAGGCGGAGCGGGCGCUGCAGGUGGAUGCCAAGCGGGAAGGCACCAUCAUCAGCCUGGCGAAGGAGCAGGCAGAGCUGAAGAUCAGGACCAGAGAGCUCCAGGCCAAGGAGGAGCAGCUGGCGGCCGAGCGGGAGGCUCUGGAGCGAGAGCAGCAGGAGCUCCGGCUGCAGCAGGAGAAGAUGCACGCCACUGCCCUGCGCCUGCAGCUCCGCACGGAGGAAGUGGAGCACAUGAGCAAGGUGGCCUCCAAGAAGUACGAGGAGGGUGAGCAGGCGCUGCGGGCAGCCCGUCAGGUGCAGUCUGAGCAGCAGGCCCGGCUGCGGGUGGUGCAGAAGCAGCAGGAGCAGCAGGAGCACCUGAGCCUGGCCCAGCAGAGGCAGCCGCUGGACCGUGUGCAGCAGGACCUGCCUUCCAUCCUCCCAGAGCUCCCUGCGGCCCAGGGCCCCACAGCGCACAACCAGAUUGCCUCUGUGAACCCCGCUUCUGCCGUCCCCCUGUAUAGUCAGCCAUCAGCAGGCCCAGACUCCGUUCACCUCUUCACCAGGCUGCUGCUGCUGAAGUACACAGCUGAGCAGGACCGCGAGUUCCUGGAGGACGAAAAGUUCUUCCUGGAGACCCUGAAGAAAGCGUCGUACAACAUGGCGCCGCACUCCACCUGAGACGGCAGCGCCUGGGCCGGCCUGAUUACAGCUCUUCUCCUGUCCAGGCUUCUGGUGUGUUCUCUCCAGGCACUGCAGCCUGAGUGUCUUCCCUGGGAAGUGAUGAGGCCAGGGCCUGCACACCCCAACUCUGUCCUGAGCGCCCCAGCUUCCUGGGCUUGGGCCCUGCCCCUCGUCCAGAGACGCUGCUGGGGACCUUUGUGCCUGGGUCUCUCCUGAGGCCUCUCCUCCCAGGGUACCGUGAGCACCCUUCUCCCUUCCCUGCCCGACAGCCCCCUCCCGAGCGGGGACAGAGCCGAGG